AUGGUAGAAGUACUAUCAGAAAUAUUCUCGUGGUUACAAACCGGGGAAGACACAAUUGAAGGGGUCGACUACCGAUCUCUAGCUGCUCUGGCACGGACCUGUCGGUCGUUCAAGGAACCCGCUCUCGAUGCGCUGUGGGCGUAUAUAUACCAACUACCUCGUCUUAUCCGCUCGCUUCCAGAGAGCGUGCUCGAGCGGAAUAGCAAGAAAGAAGUUGUUGGCGUUAGGCCUCUGGCACCGAACGAGUGGUCAAGGCUCUAUAGUUACUCUUCCCGCGUGAAAGACGUUGCUAUCUCAGAGGUCCAUCCUACAAGGAACUUUAUACUCCACUUACUGGCAUCGCCUCCCCCUGACAUGGGCUUUAUGUUUCCGAAGCUCCGCCGCCUUCUUGUCGUAGACGAGAAGGGAAGUCUUCGCUUUCCAGAGUAUCGCUUCUUGUUAGGCCCACACAUCAUCGAUCUCGAAUACACGCUUGGCUGGAAUCCAUCUGUAAACGACGACGUGACGAAGGCUAUCAUCGCGUCUCUCCCGGAGGUGUGUCCCAAUAUCAGGCAUCUGCAGGUCAUAUGGAAGAUUUAUCAUGCUGCCGACUGGGCGGUUGAUGUGAUCUCUGAAACAGCGCCUCAGCUAAAAUCUCUCGAGGAACUUAUCUGUCCGAUGCUCAAUACAUACGGUAUGACGCAAGUCAGUCAGCUGGCCUCGUUGCAAUAUCUUGUCCUCGAAGAAUCGGUGACUGACCUCGCUCAAGGCGCAAACGACGUCUACGAGUUUGCAAACCUUGAGUUCUUAGGGGUCACCCUUUGGGACCUGGCUAAAAUGACGUCCUUCUUUCAACUACUAGAACGCCUCCCGGGUUCAUUCGCCGCCCACGUCCACACUUCGCCAUCCCUUCCGGCCCUUGAAUCUUUCUUCUGCGAUAUUCCACGCAACAAUCUCAAUGUACACAAUGUCGAAGUCGUAUACGAAAGAGCUUCCAUGGACUCCUUUUGGCCUAUGGGGCGCAUUCACCGUCACCAUGGCCCUUCUAUCACUAUCCAUACAUUUACCCCUCUGCGACAAUUCAGCUCGCUCAGGUCGCUUGACAUCGAGGUUACGAUCCCUAUCUCUCUUAGCGAUGCAGAUAUCGAAGACUUGUCGCUCGCGUGGCCGAACCUGGUGGAUAUCAGACUCAACGAGAAGAAUCUCUGGGGCGAAGGCAUUUUAUCCGUUACGGGACUCGAGAUCCUCAUUCGUAACUGCGACCUCGCAUACAUUGGGCUCUCGCUGGAUGCGUCGAAGUUGUACGGUUUGCCACGGGAAUAUCCGGCCGACGGAUACGCUAACGACAUCGUGCCCACGUUGCCGGUGUCCGACUCGCGCAUCGGGGACCCGGUGACUCUAUCGCUACUUCUGGCAUGCUUGUUCACGGCGAAGUCGUUUGCUCCUCGUGUGGAGAAGUUUCCGGUCCACCCCUUGGAAGUCAUACGCCAUGAGACGUCGGUCGCAGCGUGUAUUCGAGAGAUAAGGGAGAUGGAGAGAGAUGACAAGGCGUUUUGGCGGAAGUGGCCUCCUGGUGAAGAGGUGAUGGAGACGCUGAGGGAGAUCUGUGAGAGGGAGAUACGACGGUGA